AACAGAUAAGAUUAAAUUAUCGUAGUUUUAACUUUCUUAGUUAUUAGUUAUUCUUGUUUUGUAGUUUAAUCACAAUUUUAAAAUUCUAAUUUUCUAGUUAUAUAUAUUAGUUAUUGUUAAUUCAUUUUAAAUCAAAUGGAAAUUACAGAAGUAUUGCCAAUAAAAUCUUUAGAAGAAGCAUUAUCAUGGAAGCCACUGUCUGAAUCCCUUCCUGUUAUAGAAUUGCAGGAUCGUGCCAAUUACUCCAUUUAUGGCAAAGACUAUAAAUGCCAUGAACGUUUCUUAACACCAAAACGGUUACUUAAUCAAGGCCUUCCCAAAACACUCAUAUGUCAUGAUAUGCAAGGGGGUUACUUAAAUGAUAGAUUUGUAAAUGGAACAAAAUCUAGUAAUGAGUAUACAUUUUAUAAUUGGUCUGUAAUAGAUACAUUUAUUUAUUUUAGCCAUAAUUUUAUCACUAUACCACCAAUUGGUUGGAUAAAUGCAGCGCAUAAACAUGGUGUUAAAGUACUUGGAACAUUAAUUACAGAAUGGAUUGAUGGAAACACUUUAUGGUUACAAGUAUUUAGUAAUUUAGAAAAACGAGACAGUUUAGUAGAUAAGUUAGUAGAGAUAUGUAAAUAUUACAAAUUUGAUGGUUACCUUUUUAAUGUUGAAAAUGAAUUAGAAUUGGAAAACAUUGAGAAUAUGAUAGAAACAUUAAGCUUAUUAAGAACUAAAUUGAAGACUGUAAUAAAACAUUCUGAAGUGAUUUGGUAUGAUUCUGUAAGUAUGGAAACUGGAAAACUUAUUUGGCAAAAUCAACUAAAUAACCAUAACAAAUUAGCAUUUCAAGCUUGUGAUGGUAUAUUUCUUAAUUAUAAUUGGAAAGAAGAAGAUCUUGUAAAAUCUGUCACUAAUGCUGGAAAUAGGGUUAUUGAUGUUUAUGUAGGAGUAGAUGUUUUUGGUAGGAAUUGCAUUGGAGGUCUUGAUUGUUAUAAAUCAUUAGAAAUAAUUAGAAAAUAUGACUUAUCUGUUGCAAUUUUUGCACCUGGUUGGACCUAUGAGACAUUAAACGAUAAGAAUAAAUUUAAUAUAGUAGAAGAUACAUUUUGGAGGAAACUUUACCCAUUUUUGUAUAUUCAUAUUCCUUGUACUUUACCAUUUUCUACAUACUUUUGUCGAGGUUAUGGAUCAAAAAAAAUUGAAAACUUUGUUUUGUCUUCUUUGGAUGCCUGGUAUAAUUUAUCAAAACUAAAUUAUCAACCAUCUGUUCCGUUAUGUUUACUAGAUGGUAACUUUCCUUGUAUUUCUUAUGUAGACGGUGAAGCAAUUAGAGGUGGCGGUUGCUUAAGAUUAAAUGGUAACAAUGAAAACACUUCUUACCAUAGGAUAUUUGUUUGUCAUUUUGAAGUUAAAUCAACAUUAUACUUUGAAAUAACUGUAAAAGUAUUAAAGCCUUAUGACUCUCACAAAAUAUUUUUGGGUGCAUUAGAUCCAUAUGGAAUGCCAUACAAAAUGGAGUUUGGUAUUCAGGGUGACAAUAAUAUGUUUUUCAAUAAUUGUGAUGAUUACAGCUGUAUUAUUCCUGACUCCAAAAUAUAUAACUUAACAUUAGAAAAUGGAUGGUUAUUACAUAAAUUAAAAUGUGAAAUGGUUGGGACAAUAGUAGAAGUUGCUAUUGAAACUGAAGAACCCUUACUUAUUGGUCAUCUGUUUAUAAAUGAUGGCAGUAAUUUAUAAAUAACAUUGAUUUAUAUUAUUGAAUAGUUUGUUAUAUUCAUUUAUUAUUUUGUUAUAAGAAAAAUUAUUUUUCACUUAUUAUAUUUCAUAUUGUUAUUUUUACUUACCUUAUUGUAAAAAUAAAACAAAAAUGAAAUCAUUAAUAUUAGUACUUUUAAGGUUUAAUAUUCAU